AUGGAUGAUGAAGAAAUCCCUGAUCUGGUCGAUGUUUCUCAGACGGAUGGCACUACCACCACUUUACAAGACGGCCCGGACAAAAAAGUGCCCAUUACCAUCAUUACGGGCUACUUGGGCGCCGGAAAGACAACUUUGCUCAACUAUAUAUUAACAGCGGAGCACGGCAAAAAAAUAGCAGUCAUUUUAAAUGGCAUGUGGAAGUCCCCUCUCACCCCUUUGGGAUGCCCUGAACGACCAACCCUAUCCUGCCCAUUCCUUGACCUGCAAUCCUUGAUUUUGAUUUUGAUUGCUAACGUCCUUGCGAGGCCUGCAGAGUUUGGAAACACCACAGAUAUUGAAAAGUCCCUGACUGUCACUCAGAACCAUCAGGCCACAACAGAAUGGAUACCGUUGGCCAACGGGUGUAUCUGUUGCAGCGUCAAGGAUUCUGGAGUGGCAGCUCUGGAAUCCCUCGUGGAGGGUCAGAAGGACUUUGACUACAUCCUGCUCGAGACCACAGGUGUUGCGGAUCCAGGGAAUAUCGCUCCUAUGUUUUGGCUCGAUGACGGACUAGGCAGCAGUAUCUAUCUGGACGGCAUCGUCACAGUGGUCGACGCGAAAAACAUACUCAAAAGCCUUGAUGAGCCUGCGCCAGAAGAAUUACCGCAAUCCGAGACUGCAGGUCACGAUCACAGCCUCCCUCUGCUCACAACUGCUCAUCUUCAAAUUUCUCACGCAGAUGUGAUAAUCCUCAAUAAGACAGAUCUUGUCUCUCCGGCGCGGCUUUCAGCUGUUCAGGCCAGAAUUGCCUCUAUUAACAGUCUAGCACGAAUAGUCCCAACAGUACACUCUCGUGUCACAGAUCUCAGUGGCACCAUCCUUGAUUUGAAAGCGUACUCAACCUUCCCCUCCGGCUCCGCCACAUCCGAUACCAGCGACAAGACCAUCCCCGACUUCGCCUCCAAAGGUCAUUCGCACCUAGAUCCCACGCUCUCCACAGCCACAUUCACCUUGCCUCCUUUUGAUCCACAAAAGCUACAUCUUCUGUCAGGCUGGCUGGAAGCACUGCUCUGGGAUGCCGAGGAAUCGCAGCAAGGGAGAGAGCGACAGUACGAAAUUCAUAGAACGAAAGGGUUGGUCAAGUGUACUGAUGGCAGUACUAGGGUUAUCCAGGGGGUUAGGGAGAUUUUUGAGAUCAUUGAUCUGCCACACCCCGAGACCGGUGGUGGCUCGCUGGCCAAAGAAGCCGGAGAAGAAGUGGCGGCGGAAGAAGGCAAGAUCGUGUUUAUUGGGAGGAAUCUGGAUCUGAUAACUGGCUUGAAGCUUGAUGAGCACGACGACUCCGCUUGA